CGUCUCUCAUGGCUUCCACGUCCGAAAAAUUGGGCACUUUGACCGAUAUCUCUGCUCUCUGUUCCUUGGCGUGUUUCUCCACAAAGCAGCGUCUCCAGCAGCCUCCGUAAAGUCUCACAAGCUACACAAAAGCCACAACACAACAAUUCCAAUAUCUCAGCUUUCAGAGGUCGUAACAAACACCAAAACAAUACUUCGAGCGUACAUCAUAGUCCGGAGCUCCCGGUAGUUGUGGCAGCAGUUGGGUUCUCAAUGUCGGCCAGGUUUUGAUGCAAAGUUUCCUCCAGACCUCCCGGUCGAACGUCAACGAGCGGAAGGUGUGGCAUGUCGAAGCACAUGCCAACAGCGAGCGACCGUCUAGCUGAGCGAGCGCAAGAGCUAGCAACUCAUCGGGCAGCGUCUGAAUAUCGGUGGAAAACGUCUUGGGCUCAGUGUUGGCGUCGUCCAUGUCCACAUCGUCGUCUGGGCCGAGGCUCUCGCAGUCUGUCUCGCCAGCGGAGCCCUCGCUUGCGCGACACUGAAGUAGACGCGGAUGCUGCUUGACGCGACGACUGCUCUUGUUGUUGGACAGGCUGAGACUGUCGAGCCAUUGGCGCUUCUUGGGGCUGAGCGACCGCACAGACGCAACCAUCGGAGCUCAGAUGGGUAGGCUUCUUCCUCUGCAAACGAAUGGGAUCUAAUAUAAGGACGGAUCUUCUAAGUUGGCGGCAGAAAACAUGGAAAGAGUUGAAGUUGGUGCUCCUUCAUGAUUGCCAGAUGUUGUCACUAACGAAGCCACUACUACUGGAAAAAUAAGCUUACUGCGAGCAAAUAGCACCAUCAUUUGGCACUUUAGACAACACAUAAAAGUGAAAAGGAAUGACUUGGGUUGUUUGUUCAAGAAGAUGGCGCUGAGCCGAAAUUUCCGCACGACUUACUACAAGACGCUGGGCGUGCCCGUGGUGCAACACAUUGUAGAUGUGGAUGCCUCGUUUGCGGCGCUACUUAGCGAGAGAGCGGUGAAUGUGCCGCAGCUGCUGAAAUUGGCGCUGGAGUUGGGCAUUGCGCCGCAAUAUCGCGCAAGAAUAUGGCUGCUGCUUGUGGGGGUCAUACCGCCGUACCCAGGGAUCUGGAGUUUCGCAUUAAAGGAACGACGCGCCAUGUUUGAGGACGUUGUGGAGGCAGCUCAAGUUCUUCAGACGAAAGAUGAGACCAACGGCGACGAAGGAAGUGACGUGCAUUACGAUUUUCUCGAGCUUCUAGGAGAUGGAGAGGAAAUCGACAAAGAGACAGCGCCGCCGCCUUCGCUUCAGGAGCUGAAGAGAUUGGUGCAUUUGCAUCGCACGUAUCGGCGAGAAAUUGCGGCGUGUGAUGCGCCGUUACUAUACGGCGUGGACGACCCGGACUUCUUGUUGAGCGUGGCGCGAGUGGUGUACGAAGUUCUGACACAAGAAGCCGAACGAUUCUGGUGUUUUACAAGACUGCUGGAGCUGUUCCACGAUGGAUUAGAACUAGUAGAUCCCGUGGUGACGCUGGAUACACUAUACAAUGCACCGCUUGCAGAUUUUGAAGGCGUAUUUCUUCGUACGCUGGAUGUGAAGCGGAGACGACUAACUGCGGAUGGAAUGUCGAGUCUGCAUAUGCUCAAGAGUAGUCAUGAUGAAGAAUAUGGUAGACGAAGGUGAAAAAGAUCAAAUAACUCGCAAAUUUCACUCAAAACUAGUUGCCGUAAAAAGGAACCACACUUAAUCAAAACCUUCGACGUACUCGUCCUCGCUCGCGUUCUCCUG